AUGCUGGUGACCUAUUUGGAAGCCAGCCGGGAUCUUUGCGAGACGGACUCAAUUCUUUUUGGAGCCGCGCUGGCAGUCUGCCGUAUCAUAGGCGCCAAGGUUUCCACGGCUGGACGCGCUACUGGCCAAAGUAGCGAUAUCCCAGCAUGGAGAAGAAGAAUUGAGGAACGUAUCGCAAAGGCUAGAGCUCGCAUCGGCAGACUGAUAUGCUUUAGAUCAGGCAAUAACAGGCCAAGAAUUGUGCGCACCGUCAGGAUGGCGUUUGCUGGGACAAAUUUCAGCUUGUCCCAGCCGGAUAUAACGCAAAAACUGACGGAGCGCAUAGAUGAUCUGAAGCAGAGAAGCGCUGCUUGGGGAAAGCGGAUUCGGCGAUAUACCAAAAGGUCGACACGGUUCAACCAGAAUCAUCUCUUCCAGAGUGAUCAGAAGAGGCUCUAUGAAUCAUUGGAGCAACCAAUAAUAAGUGGAACGGGCCCUGCACCGAAUCAGGCCGACAAUGUAGCAUUCUGGCGUGGCCUGUGGUCAGAGCCCGUAAACCACAGCGAGGGCCCUUGGACGGAAGUUAUGGCGAGUCAGUGUGAGGGUAUAACGCCCAUGGACCCCGUCAUUAUAACACCGGAUGAUGUAGCUGAGGCGGUCCGUAGGGCCCCGAACUGGAAAAGUCCGGGACUCGACGGGCUGCAUCACUACUGGCUGAAGGGGUUCGUGGUGUGUCUCACUGUGCUCGCCCGACAGUUUCAAGAGGCUCUCAACCAGAAGUCGCUCCCCAGCCUCUUUACUACUAGGAUCACCCAUUCGGUUCCUAAAGACCAGGGUACCACAGACUCGAGCAAAUACCGCCCCAUCACGUGUCUACCGACCAUAUACAAGACACUAACAUCUAUUUUGUUCAGUCCUUUUUCGUCCGAGAACGCAACGCGAGCGGACGUGUGUCGCGUCGCUCUAAAAAUUGUACUUAAGUAA